GCCUUUGAAAAGUGUUGGACGUGAGUGGAGCUCAGGAGAGAGUCACCAUGUCCGCCGUCAUGAGCAAGCUGCUCUCGCCUGCACUCCACUCACUGCAAACUCAUUCUCCAUGAAAUAACAGUCAGGGGCCUCAAGGAUGGCCAGCUCGGGUGCCGUUCAGGUCAAACUAGAACUCGGUCACCGUGCCCAGGUCCGUAAGAAACCCACUGUGGAAGGCUUCACCCACGACUGGAUGGUGUUUGUGCGUGGACCAGAGCAAAGCAAUAUUCAGCACUUUGUGGAGAAAGUUGUUUUUCACUUGCACGAAAGUUUUCCCAAACCUAAACGAGUGUGCAAAGAUCCACCGUACAAAGUGGAGGAGUCUGGAUACGCGGGUUUCAUCUUGCCAAUUGAAGUUUACUUCAAAAAUAAGGAAGAACCUAAGAAGGUUCGCUUUGAUUACGACCUGUUCCUUCACUUGGAGGGCCAUCCGCCUGUCAAUCAUCUCCGCUGUGAGAAACUUACCUUUAACAACCCCACUGAAGAGUUUCGGCGAAAGCUGCUGAAGGCUAGAGGGCAACGUGAUCCUCACAAGAAAAGUUCAGAAGACUUAAAAGUGAUGGUGAUGCAGGAGGGAUCCACCUCUCUUUUUGGCCAGCACCUGAAGCUGCCUUCUCUCCCCAACAACUCGCUCGCGACAAGCUUCUCUGAUCCCAGAAAGAGCAAAAGCUUCCAGGGGUCAUCAAAGGAUGGUUCCAAAGGGAGUGGAACCGGCCUUCUCACCACAGCCACCACAAGCACAAACAGCAGCAGCUUCUCCAAACUCCACAAACCCUCAAAGGACCAUAAAGAGAAGCCUCCGAAAGACUUGAAAGAGCCAAAAAGUGCCUUCAGAGACUCAAGCUGGGACUCCAGCAAAGCUCCUAAAGACCCCUCGAGGAAACCCAAAGAGAACCAGCCGCUCAGAGAUAGCAAUCCUAAGAUGGGCUUCAAGGAGCCCAAGUACUUGUCCAAGGAGCAUCGGACUGAGACCGGGCAGGGGCAGAACAAGCGCCUGUCCUCAACCGACAGCGAAGAUCAUUUAACCAAAAAACGUAAAAAGGGAUUUGUGGAUUUAUCAGGGAAGCCGACGAUGGGGUCAGACUCGCAUUCUGAGAAGAAACUACUGAAGGAUCGACUGCAGAUGAGCCAACUGCGACAAGAAUGUGACGAGGCCGAACGCAGGAAAGUGUCAUCCCAGCCCCAAUUCCAGGAUCGGGCCGACCUCAACGAUUCUGACAUGGAGUCGACCAAAUCAGAUUCCGAGCAGCCAAGCCCAGCCAGCUCCAGCUGCAGUUCCGGAUUUGCCUCCUCGCAGCACAAACGACAAGUGGUGGACCUCAUCAUCAGGAAGAGGGCUCUUCCUGCCACCACCCACACAGUUCUCGGGCCACUGCAGUCAGUCAUGCGUGAUCUCCACUCCGAUGACAACGAAGACGACUCUGAGGAGGAUGAAGACCACGACAUGGACUCUGACUCGGAGCGACCGGCACACACACAUCUCACACAUCACCAACGAAGAGUCAGCCUAAGUGACGGCAGUGAGAGUGACAGCUCGUCCCCUUCAAUACCAGCACGGCACGAGGCCCCGCCCAUAUUAAAGACUACUAACUCCCAGCUGGUGGAAGUAAAGAGUCCGAACAAGCAGCUGAAGCAGGACAAGAGCAAGGACUGUGAUAAGGCUUACCUGGAUGAGCUGGUGGAGCUGCACAAGAGGCUGAUGACGCUCAGAGAGGGUCACAUACUGCAACAGAUUGUCAACCUCAUCGAGGAGACCGGCCACUUCCACAUCACCAACACCACUUUUGACUUUGACCUUUGCUCCCUGGACAGAAGUACAGUGAGGAAACUUCAGGGUUAUUUGGAAGCCUCCAGCCGAUCAUGAUCGCUCCGAGCAGCUGGCUGCUGGAUCCCGUUUCACAUUUUGUUCCCUGGAAGCAUUUGGAUGCAAAGCGACUGAGCUUGGAGUGGACUGUCCAUCUGGAAAUGGCCCCAAAUCGCCUUGAAAACGGAGGACGGGUGUGUUGUGUGACCACCUCGCUCCGGAUGAAUGUGCUUGUCUGUUUCCGUGUACGUGACGGAUGCAUGGUCCGCGUGGCCUUAGAGUCUUAUUUAUUGCAUUUGAACUUGUGUGAGGGAGUUGAAAGCGCAAAGAAAAAGCAGAACGGUACUUUGUAAAAGCACUUCACCAUUGACACCAUGAACACCUUCAGAAACUAAACCAUUGUCGUAGGAGAUGGACUGAAACACUAAGAGGUAGAGAACUGUUGAACAGCAGGGAGCCUGGUAGAACAACCUGCUCUGACACUCAUCCAAACAGAACCUCAAGACACCCGUGAGAUUGUCGUAGCUCUGAGGAAUGAUUUGAGCUCAUUUGUGAGCAGUUUAUUGCUCAAACAUUGUCACACCUUUAAACCCAAACAGUGGACGUAAGCAUUUUUGGAAAGCCAAAGAUGUCAAAGCAGAGUGAAGUUAGUUCAUCUGAAACCAAACAAAGACAUCAGCCACUGUUAGCUAUGCGAAGCAUUAACCAAAAACCCUUCUCUGCUGGGCUGGGCCUCGAUUGUUGAGAUGAAAAUCGAUUCAUGUUGAGAUUCAACUCUGUCGUGGACACAUAAGAAAUCAGAUAUUUUAGCACAUGAAUAUGGAGAUUGUAUUUUUCACAUGGAAUCAUGAGCCUUUUCUGAAUGAGUUUAGCUGCCAGUCAGCAGAAAGCAAACGCUUGAUCCAACGAAAACCUUUCUCACUGUCAAUCACUUUCAGUGGCAGAAUCCGGCACUUUCUGGUGACUCAAACACUUCUGAGCAAAUCGCCUUGAAGUGGUCCACUCCUGACACAUGUGAUGUUAAUGCUGCGUGAGAGGGAGGACGACCCCACUUUUCUACAAUCCUGAAAGACUUGAGGACAACUGCGCUGUUUUCAAGCCAAAGUUUUGUUUUCCAAUUCCAGUUUGAGAGCUUCACCUACCAUGACUUAGUGUUCCUCACGACAGACGGAUCACUCGACAUCAAAGAAGAUCUUGCCUCACGUAGACUGACCAGCAAGUGCUGCUGAAGUGAUGUCAGCCAACAGCUUUUCUACUUCACAUUGUUCCGCUGAUGCUGCUGAAAUGGACACUCGCGCUUCUAAAUUUUUGUGAUCCCACAUCAAGCUACGAUAAAGAAGUGUGUUCCUGCUGGAGCAGAUGAAGCCAAAAUCCCAGUUUUCUGAUGAUUGCUACGACAAAUCUGCACCUUGUGAGUUAUUUUCUUCUUUAAGAAUCAAGGAGAUGAAUUUUUUUUUCAAUCUGGUGCAAGAAGAAACAUAAUUUAUUUUGUGUGACUUUCUGGUGUUGGAUCAGCAUCAAAUGUCCCAUGUUGACUUGACAAGAGUGGGUAACCGUGUCAGGUUUUCCUUGCCCUGCCUUCUGUCUUAUGAUUUCUUGUGUUUAUUUGAGGACAUUCAUUAAAUAUUCUGUAU